AUGGCCAGGUUCUUCGGGCUCCUGCGCGAGCUCGUGGCGGCGCAGCGCGCGCGGGCGGUGCGCGCGGCGGGCCUCGGGCUCCUCUCGGAGAGGGCGUCCGCGGCGUGCGUCCUGCAGCAGUGGCACCUGGCGGCCGCGCGGGACCUCGAGAGAUCGGACCGGCAGGGCCUCGAGGAGGCCCAGCGGGCGGGCGAGCGCGCGGCGUUGCUGCGGCACUGGGCGGCGUGGCGCCACCAGGCCGCGGACGAGCGCACGCAGCGGUCGCACUCCGAGCUCGCGGAGGGCCAGCGCUCGCGGAGGGCCACGCUGUCGGCGUUUCUCUGCUGGCGCCGCGCAUGGCACGGCGCCAGCGUCGAGAGCUACUCCGCCGAUUCUGCGCAGAAUUCCCUGAGGGUUCUGAAGGACAGUAGGGCAUGCAGGGCCUGCUUCGACGACUCGUUCGCCCCGGAGAUGGCGAGUUUCUUCGACUCUAACCUUAUGGGCGCCCAUUCUCACCUGGCGGGUGCGCUAGCUCACCUUCGCACGUGCAGCGCGAGCGUUGAACGACGACAUCUUCGCGGACUGUCUUUGAAGCCAAGUAAGUCACGAGGCCUUGCAGUAAACGCUUCGAACCUUGCUGUGACCACGUAUGUUCACGGCGCGGUGCAGGUAGCUCGUUUGACCACUGCGGCGGUGCACAAGAAGGUGUUGGAGCGCUACGGCGUGGGCAUGACCCAGUACCACGCGUUGCCCUGGAAGUUUCGCUUAGGUGGUUCGCGCCAGCCGUCGAGCGAUGUGAAGCGCGUUGGGGCUGCGACCCUGGAAAGCAUCCUGAAGCAUAGCAAGGUCACGGCUGCUUACCAGCGAUUUCGAUCGGAGAAGUGUUUGCGCAAUCUCCCCGUCGGCAGUCCAGAGUUUCAGUUAGAGGGCCGCAUCAAGGGCUGGUGGGCUGCGGCGCCAGAUGAAGACGCAACGCUUUAUGGAGGGCACGCGGCCGCGAUGCCAGAUACCGUUGCGGACGUGCUAGACGACCUUACCACCGAGAAGAUCGAGGCUGCUCGUCCGCAGAUGGGCGAUCACAGGAUCGGGUUGGUCAGCGCGCUGGACCGCUGGCUGCCUGCAGCAUCACGCGGGGUUGGGAACGUUUACAAACUUCUGAAGCGAUGGCACAUCUCGCGACCAAUGCUUCCCGCGACUAUACCGGUCAGCUUGAACGGCGUGGCCAACCACUACGUUCUCGCAGGCGCAUUCGGCAAAGGUGGCACGAUGUUCUUUCUUCGUUUGGGGCGCGUGGAAGGACUUGUUGACGCAUUCAAGCCGAUGGCAGUGGUCGAACGUGGCUUCGCGCAGGUCGCAUCCAUGACUGGGCAGAUGGCGAUUCGGUCGUGCCGGAUGCGAUGCGGCUUGGGCCUUGCUGCGGUCGUUGCAGGGAUGCCGAUUAAGUUCAACAUCUACAACGCCGAGAAGUUCGACCACCGCAGAGGGCUUGCUAUUCUGACCGUCGGCACGGCGCAGGAGGAGGAUGCCCCCCUGAAUGCCAAGCCCGGCGGCGAUGCGAGGGCGGUGAAGCCGAAGGAUGGCGAGCUCGCGCUGCCGUUCGGACUCAGGGCCGAAAGGGGGGGGGGCUCCACGUGCGACGCCCCCGCGGACGUCGUCGGCGACGACGUUGCCAAGCUUGCCAUGGUUGCCGAGGCCAAGACGGACAAGGGCGGCGCGCCUGCAGUUGCUGAUCCAGUCGCCGAGGAGGAACGGAGGGAGAGAGGCGACCGCGUCGACAACGGGGGCGAGAGCGACUUGGACUUCGAGGGGUUCUCGCGAAGGAAGUUUUUCAAGUAUAAGACAGGCAACCCCAUGCCCCAGAGGGGCGCCGUGGGCAAAUUGCAGACUGAUGAGAAGUUCAGGGAGACGCUCCGAGGCCAGCGGCGGUCGCGCGCGCGCGGCGACGCCAAGCGCAGCAGGCUCGAGGAUGGCAAUCAGAGCACCGAGGCUUUCCGCGGCCGAAAUGACGCGCAGCUGAUGCCUUGGCUUCGCGAGAACUACUCAGAUGUUGAAGUCGUCCAGGACAGGCGCGGCGCCCUCGGAGUGAAAGAACAGAACUUGCCGCAGGGGGCAUGGCACAAGCACAGAGAGGGAGCAUCGGAGGCGACGCCAUUCAAUUUGGUGCCCAAGUUCGAGGAUGGAGCGAAUGACAUCGCUGCGAGUGGCCGCGGGAAUCAGGCGAGCGGGGCGCCAUCGAGCACUGGCGCGGUCCUGGAGUUCAUCCCGCCAGCCGCGCCGAAGCCCCGAGCGCGGAAAGGCCAGCCGAGGUCACGCAACACGGAGAAGGUCUUGGGCGCGUGCAGGGAUCUCCGUAGCAUGACCGUCGACAAGUUCGACAAUGCCGAGAUGUGGGAGGAGGGCGCGACCAACAUGGCGCAUGAUUUCCUGGGCGAGCCGGAGCGUCUGAAGUUCAUCCCUGCACUCUUCGGGGAUGCCCGCAACGACCCAGCGGCGUCUAUAGGUAGGGCGCUCAACGCGGCUCAGAAGCACAUGGUCCAGAAGUUGAGCCCGAAGUUGAUGUCGAAUGCGUUCGUUGCCGCGGGCGUCGCGGCAAUUUCCAAGAUGGAGUUUCCUGGGCCCGGAGAGCUCGGCAUCGAUUCGCAUGCUAUCUCGGCGGCCAGAUCUAUCUUGAGGUUCGCAAUGUUCUCGGACGACGACUCCAUGAACUGCGGCCUCCUUCCCGAGGCGCGCCGCGACAAGGUCCGGCACCGCGUCGCCCUGGGGCCCGCCGAAAAUACUUCCACCGCAUCCAAUGGGCAUUCCCAGAAAACGCAGGGCGUCCUCGUCGAUUCGGGCGCCCCCGACGCCACCGAGCGCUACUUCUCGGGCCCCGUGGUGCCGGUUGUGCUGGGCAUGAAGUCCGACGUCAGCUCGAGGCUCCGAAACUUCUCCAGCAUGAAGCGUGAGCCCGCACAUCUCGGAGUUACCUGUUGGGGCGCGGUGGGGGACAUCGUUGCCCUGGGGAACGCCCUGCAGUCAGUUGCGAGUCGUUUCAAGGCCGUCUGGGCCGAACUCAAAGACAGCGAAAUGCCAGGGGAUAAUCGCGACGACACCCUGCUACUGGUCGGACACCUGAUCAACGCAGGCACCUCUGCCAAUAUUCUGGAGGCAGCGCAGUUGCUGACCAUCAUGGGCAGCGACACAGCACCGCAGGCGGCCACUGGCGACGCCUUCGCCCCGCGGGUCAUCGAGGCGUUGCUGGGCUGCCCUCCGCCAGGCGGCUGCGGUCAGGACGCGGGCUCCGAAGCGGCCGCGAGUAUUUUAUUGCGCGCGUGGUUGCUGUUGUUCUUGCACGACAACUUGGAGGGGGCGCUUGACAGGGAUAGGUCUGGGGCCACGGCGGCCCCGGCAACGCCGCGGUCGGCCUCGAUCGAGAAAGCGGCGACGGAGGCCUGCAAGAGUGCGCUGAACGUCCGUGAGAGCUUCGAUCACGGCGUCACCCAGUUGGCCGCCCAGUUGAAGAUUCUCUCCCCGCCGAAGUGCGGCGAGAUCUUGAACGCAGCCGAGACGCGCGACAACGUCGUGGCAGUUCUGGCCCGUUUGCCAAAGAAAGAGCCCGCGGGCCUCGCGGGGAUCAUUGGAGCAGCCGCCGAUUGCCACCAGCUUCCCCAGACCAGCGCCCACAGCAACGAGUUGGACAUGAUGGAGGUGAGCCUGAAGAUGAACAAAGCACGUCGCGGCCCCGCGGCGGCAAACGGCGACUGGGCCGCGCGCCCGUGGUUUGAGAAGGUCAAGAACAAGGAGGUCGAAGAGAGGAUGGCGCAAUGCGGCCGCAUGGGCCAGACGGCUAAGUCGACGUACCUCGUCGCCUCGGCUGCCUACCAGUUGAUGUUGAAGUUCGAUGCGGGCCCGCAGCGGGCGGCGACCGCCCAGGUCAUGAUCGACGAGUGCAAGGGGGCUGCGGGCUUGGAGGGCGACGUUCGGAUUAUCUUCGCGGCGGCUGCUAUUGGCCACGUGUUUGCGCAGCGGCCCAGGCCGAAAACGCGCCGCACCGACCUGCAGAAGACAGGGGCGUACUUCAUCGCACAGGGCGGACAUCCUCACAGAGGCCCCCGGGAAGCCCACGUGAGGCAGCGGACGUCCGAGAGCCCAGGCGUUCGGUACUCGAGCCCUCGAGCCCUCGACGGUGGCGGCGGCAGGCCACCUGGGCGAGCGGCCGCGCAGGACCCGCCCGGUGUCCGAGAGUGCUGCGCGGACGGGGCGCCGCUGCGAUCCAGCGGCCCUCGGAGGCGGGCCACCGACGCCCAGAGGACUGACUCGCUCGCGUUCUCCCUCUCUACCGUUGUGACGGGUUUGGCCACCGCCGCCUGCAAGGUACUUGGCGGCUCGCCGAGACAAGUGGCACGCGAGAGAGGCCACCAAGGAUGCCGCGCCGCGGCCAGCGGCGCCCGCGCCGCGUCCGCGCUGGGCCGCUGGGCGCGCGCGUGGGCCGCCGCCACGCGGGGCCGCGAGGCGCGCCGCGCGCAGGUUGCCCUGCCAUUCGCUUGUCCUCUGCCAGCUGCCAUCUUUAGCAAGCGGGGCGUGCUUGUGAAUGUCCCGUCCGCGAGGGACGUUGUCGAGCCCGCGGUGCGAGCAGUGGCCGGCCGCUGGUUCAUGUGGCGCGAGGUCAAGAGGAUCCUGGCCCUCAAGGCCGAGCGCGCCCGCCUCGAGCUCGGGCUCCGGCGCGGCGCCAGCGCCGCGCGGCGCUGGCGCGGGCUGCGCGGCGCCCGGGCGCUCUGCCGGCAGUCCACCGAGCGGAGCUUGGCGCGGUGGGCCGUGGGCCUGUGGCAGCUGGUCUUGUCGCAGACACGAGCAGACCGCCGGGCCAAGGUGGAGCAGGGCCAUCAGAUAGGAUGCCAGUUUGCUCUGAGGCGCACGUUCGGCGAGUGGUGGCAGCGCGUCGCCGGGAUAUCUGACCUGAGGAGGCGGCUCGCCAUCUUCCGAGAGGCCCUGGCGCCGGUGGUCCGGUGGCGCCUGCGCGGGCAGCAGUUGCUGGCGCUGCGCGAGCUGGGGGCCUGGGCCUCCGAGUGCCGCAGGGCAGACGACGCGUGCUUGCUCCAGGAGUGCCUCCAAGGUUGGGUGGCACAUUGCUGCCAGAAGCUCCACAAGACCAGCGUCGACCUGCUCUGCAGGCGCUACCGCGAGACGCACUCGAUGGGCCGGGCCUUCCGAGGCUGGGCCGCCAGGUGCGCGCGAGCCCGCGGCCUGGCGCAGGGCGUGCUCCGCUGGGCCGCCGGCGUCGCGACUGAUCGGGUGCUGGCCUCGCUCUGCGCCUGGCGCAGGAUCGCCGUGCGCCGCCGCGGGCUGCGGGCGUUGUCGGCGACGGUGCUGGUCCAGAGGCGCUCCAGCGUGCUCGCCAUGUGGCGCUGUACUCUGGUCAGGCAGCUGGCCAUCCGCGGCACGUUGGCGCACAAGGAGCUGGAGCUGCGGCGGUCGUGGCUGCGCCUCUGGAGGAAGUGCGCGGCCGCGGUGUCGGCGCGGCGGCGGCGGGAGGCCGCGCAGGCGCUCCUGGUGCAGCUCUCGCGGCAGCGGAGCUGGAUCGACCGGUGGGUCGAGGCCAGAUCGCGGCAGCGCAUGCUAUCCGUGGCCGUGAACUGGGACGUCACGGGCCGCGACGUCCUCCGCCUGGCCAUCAUGGCCUGGUCCGGAACGAUGGGGCUUUACGAGCGCGGCAGGAGGGCGGCGGAGGCCGUCGCGCAGCGGCGCAGGGGGCGGCACGCCUGCGGCUGGGCCUCCUUGUGGCGGGCGGCCACCGCCCGCCUGUGGACCUCGGGCCGGCUCGCGCUGUCGGCCUGGAGGGCGUCCCACCUGCAGGCUGUGGAGGAGCGGCGCCAGCAGGCCUGGAUGGUCAGGCUGGUGCUCCUCACGAGCGUGGCGCAGGUCGCCCGCAUCCAGAGGGGCCGCACGAGGCGUGCCGACCACGCGGCCUGCUGGCAGCGCGUCCGCCUCGGCCUCCUGCGCGGGUGCUGGGCGCACCGCUGCGCCGAGCUCCGCGUCGUGGACCACGGCCCCCGCGCUCGCCCAGCGGACCGCGAGCGGGAGUCCGUGGAGGAGCUCUGCGGCGCCUCGCGCCGGCGGGGCGCGCUCGGCGCCUGGCGGGAAUCCUGGCUCCUCCAACGGGCCCAGAACUUCAUGCGCUACCGGCCUCAUCUGUACGGCACGCAGCAGGCGCAGCAGGCCCUGCAGGCGUGGGCGCAGCACGCGUCCAAGCAGCAGCGCGACCGCGCCGCGGCGGCGAACGUGGCGCAGCUGUGCGCCGAGGCCAGGCUGUCGCACUUCCUCGAGCGCUGGGUCGGGGCCUACGAGUACGAGGCCUCGACCUUCUACGCCGCCCAGAUCCUGCAGAAGUCUUGGCUCUCGCGCGUCGUCUUGAGCUGGCAGCGCGUCUGCGCCUUUCAGAAGCGGUUCAGCGCCCACGUCUCCGAGGUGUGCACCUUGAGGGACACGAAGCUCCAGCAACGAGUUAUCAGCAAUUGGAUUGAGAGAAUCCAGAGGCACCGCCUCAUCGCCGCCGUGUGGCUGGAGCGUCGCCAACUCUGGAGCUCGGCGCUUCUGCGGGCCUGGCGGGGGGAGGCGGCGCGGCUGCGCUCGCUGCGGGAGGCGGUGCGCCGGCUGAGGACCGAGGCUCGGCUCGCCCGCGGACGCCGGGCAGCGGUGCUGAUGCAGGUGCGGGGGGCCGCCGGUCUGCAGAGGAUGUGUUUCGCUGCCCUCGCGAGAUGGGCGCGCGAGUCGGCGGCGCUCCGCACGCGGUGCGGUGACCUGGAGCGCUUGGUGGAGAGAGGCCGGCAGGGCCGCAGGCUCUGCGCAUGGAUGGCCAGCACGAGGGCUGUGGCGCGCUGCCUGGAGGCGCAGGCCGCCGCGCUGCGCGUCUGGGCGGCGGCGGCAGUCCGACAGGCGUCCGCGAAGGCGCAGCUGCAGUCGCUCGCGUCGAGUCGCGAGGGCCUCCGCCUCCUCGCGGCGACCGCCGCAUGGUGCGCCUGGGCCCGGCGCGCCCGCCACGCCGCGGUGGCCGCGAGGGCGGUGCAGGAGCGAGCGGCGGCCUGGCACCGAGGCCGCUGCGCGCGCGAGUGGCUGGCGCUCGCGGAGGCGCUCCGGCACCGCAGGGCCCUCGUCGUGGGGCACCGGGUGCGGUGGCGGCCGCACCAUUUGUGGGGCCGCUUUGCGGCGUGGGCUCUCGCCGCGAGGUGCGUGCGCCGCGCGCGGGCUGCGCAUGCCGACAGCUUGGCCCUCUGUCUGCGCCUGUGGCGCGUGCGGGCCGCGACGGCCUCUGCGGGGCGGCGGCGGGGGCAGGCCGCUUUGCGCUCCCUGGCCGAGCACCUCGCCGCGCCCGUGGCGCGAGCCUGGCUCGCGCAGCAGAGGCGGCGCGUCGCGGCGAGGAGGCUUGCCCGCAUCUUGGAUCGCGAGCCUGAGUGGGUGGACGACGAGGAGUGGUUCUACCACGCAGCCUCGGACGAAGGACUCGCGGCAAUGUUCGCCCGCUUCGCGCACGCCUUCGACCAGCAGCGACCGACCGACGCCACGGCCGCGCGGAAGCUCGCGGCUGACGAGGGAGCUUUCGAGUCGUUGGUGUCCCUCAUCUGGGAGCGGCAACAGGCGUCUGUGGCGCUGGGGCGGCUGAAGGGCUACCCGCAGCCCUGGGUGCUCGGGUCGUGGCCCAGGGAGUCCCUGCCACUGCUGGCGCCGAGCAGCCCGUAUUACCUGCAGGCGGAGCUGCGCCUGGCGGUCAUGGUGUCGCAGCGUACGCGCCCGGCGCCGGCGACGGCUUGGCGCCGUCGCAGUCGCAGCGCCUGCUGA